CAGUCAACAGUAAGAGCCGGCCUGUCAGCUCCUGGGAGGAGGAAGCCGCCAUGGAGUCAUACGAUGUGAUCGCUAACCAACCUGUGGUUAUUGACAAUGGCUCUGGAGUCAUUAAGGCUGGAUUUGCUGGUGAUCAAAUCCCAAAAUACUGCUUUCCAAACUAUGUCGGAAGACCUAAACAUAUUCGAGUCAUGGCAGGUGCACUGGAAGGUGAUUUAUUUAUUGGACCAAAAGCAGAGGAGCAUAGGGGUCUACUAUCUAUACGAUAUCCAAUGGAACAUGGAAUUGUAAAGGACUGGAAUGACAUGGAGCGGAUUUGGCAGUAUGUUUAUUCAAAAGAUCAGCUGCAGACUUUCUCUGAAGAGCAUCCCGUUUUGUUGACAGAGGCUCCCCUGAAUCCUAGGAAGAAUCGUGAACGAGCUGCAGAAGUUUUCUUUGAGACAUUUAAUGUACCUGCUCUUUUUAUCUCCAUGCAGGCAGUGCUCAGCCUUUAUGCCACAGGAAGGACGACAGGCGUUGUACUAGAUUCUGGGGAUGGAGUGACACAUGCAGUUCCCAUCUACGAAGGCUUUGCAAUGCCUCAUUCCAUAAUGAGGAUCGAUAUUGCAGGCCGAGAUGUUUCUCGAUUCCUGCGCCUCUACCUCAGAAAGGAAGGGUACGAUUUCCACACUUCAGCUGAAUUUGAGAUUGUGAAAACCAUCAAGGAGCGUGCUUGUUACCUGUCCAUAAAUCCACAAAAAGAUGAGACUUUGGAGACUGAAAAAGCUCAGUAUUAUUUACCUGAUGGGAGCACUAUUGAGAUCGGCCCAGCCCGAUUCCGAGCUCCAGAACUUCUUUUCCGGCCAGAUCUAAUUGGAGAGGAGUGUGAGGGUAUUCACGAGGUUUUAGUAUUCGCCAUUCAGAAGUCAGACAUGGAUUUGAGGCGAACUUUAUUCUCCAAUAUUGUUCUGUCUGGUGGAUCCACUCUUUUUAAAGGUUUUGGCGACAGACUUCUGAGUGAAGUGAAGAAAUUAGCACCAAAAGAUGUUAAAAUAAGGAUAUCUGCUCCUCAAGAACGAUUAUAUUCCACGUGGAUUGGUGGUUCCAUUUUGGCUUCUCUUGACACCUUCAAGAAAAUGUGGGUUUCAAAGAAAGAAUAUGAGGAGGACGGAGCCAGAGCUAUCCACCGGAAAACCUUCUAACACCCCCAAAAACAUACACUCUGUUUAUCUAUUCACUUCAGAUUAAAACUCGCUUUUCAGAGUAUGAGAGUAUCCUCGGGAGGUGACUGGUGGGUGGGGUGUGUAUGUAUGUGUCUGUAUGCGCUCUCCAGCAUGCCAAAAAGUGCUGUAAAGAGGGAAAAGAUCAACUAUUCUAAAGACCAAGAGAGAAAUUCAGAGAGGAAAGCCUUUAUAUCCCAUUCCUAUUUAUGUAUGUUAUGUUGCUGCAGGGUUCAGAAAUGGUCUGUUGUGAUAUUUUAUUCACGUUCAAGCCAAAAUGCGUAUAUAACGGCUAUCAAACAGUCCAAAACUUUUUAAUGAUUCUUGUUGCAUUUCAAAUUUGCGAUAGAUCAAGCUCUGUCCAGUCAAUGUACCUGCACUUAUAUUGUAGGCCUCCAAAUGAAUUUAUUAACUUGAUCGAGAAAGAGAGAGAAACUUCUCAAAAAAAUAUCCGAUAAAACGGCAAAACACUUUAAAACGUAAAAAGAUUUUAGGAAUUGUUUCUAUUGCAUGAUUAAAAUAAAUGAACAUUAAAAGUAGAUACUUUUUUUAUUUUAUUAUUAUUUUGUUAAAAGGGCAUCCUUAGCUACAUAAUCUGCAGGAUAAUACAGACUGUAAUGCAAUUGUUUGCCAUUCUCCUGGUAUUUCUUGUCAUCCCUAUAUCUUCCGUCCCCAUUUUUCCUUCUUGCCAGAGAAUUGAACAAGUCAAUUAAAUUCCUUAUUUUCUACAUUUUAUCCUGUGACGCACAUAAUUAAUCAGUUAUUUUGUGUAUGGAAUUGUCCAUUGAUAAUGUAUUGUUACAUAUUGUAUGUGUCAUCUUUUACCAGCUUUGCCUUUCUUAUGUUUGGAACGAAAGGCCUUUUUGAUUUCGGGUAAUUGUCAGCUUUGCAGAUCUAUUCUAAUGUUAAGCCCUCUAACCACAAAAGUUACUAUAAAUAUAUAUGUAUAAAAUAUAAUUUGUCACAAACACUACUUGUAUUGGCACCCAGUUUAUAUAUAGUGUCAAUCUUCUCAGACCCUACAAACAAAUGUAAUUAAAUUCUUAGGCUUAGAAUCUAUUAUUUGCAAAUAUAUAAGAACUCUUGCAUGAGACAUCCUAAACAGCCAUCAGUUAUUAAAUGCUGAGUAGAUUGUGUGCUAUAGUAUUAGUAACUGAUGUCUUUAGUUCAGUAGACAACUUUAUAUAAACCAGACGCUUUCAUGUCUAACUUUGGAAAAUACAAAUCACAUCAGUCUCCAUUUAAUUUCUAAUUCUGGCUACCCUUUAAAAAACAUUAAUGAUAAGCUUCAUAUUAGAUGUGUUUUUCCAGAGUACAUCAUAGCUACACAAAUUACAGAGGGUUAGAAGCUCGCAUUUAGUUAUUAAUGGCUCAACACUAUUUUAUCCACGUAGGAAAAUUAGCUGGAUUAGCGUAAUUUGAAAGUAGGGCAAGUUUUUCUCCCCAGAAAAUAUUAAUAAAAAAACAGCUGUUAGUGCUAGCACUUUGCUUAGUGCCGUGCAGACUAUGCAUGUGCAUUCGGACGAUUUGUAAUCGGAAUGCGUAAUAAGACGCCCGCUUCUUGGGAAAGCACAACAAACACACUAAGAUCUGGAUUUGCACAGAUUUUAGUGUGUUGCGCUUUCAAAAAAGGAAUCUGGUUUAGAAAAGAGCCAGAUGCCGCCUUCUGCAUUCGGAUUACCACGAAUGAUCGAAUGCACGUGCCUAGUGCAGACUACCUUGGGGAUUAUUAGGAGCUGAUACAAUUGUGUCUUCCUUGAUAAUGCAUGGUUUAAAUAUAAACAGGUGUAAAGUGGUGUUUGGAUAAACUUAAAAGGACAUGGAAAUCAAAAUUAAACGUUCAAGAUUUAAAAAAGAAAUGUUGCAUUUUACUAUGUAUUAUCAGAUUUACUUCAAUGUCUUGGUAUCAUUUGUUUGAAACUAAGCUCAUCAUCAUGAGUGCAUACCUACGUAGCCUCAGGAGGGUGGAUCUGUCUUGAGCACUAAAUUGCAACAAUGUAUAACAUUGUUGCAAACACUUGCCAUAUAGUUUGACACCUGCACACCCCUAAACCUAAUUAGGUAUUCUAGAAAGUAGCUGAGUUUUAAAGGGAUAUAAAACCACCCAAAAAUUAUUUUGGGAUUCAGACAGAUCAGACCAUUUAAAAAGUUUCAAGUUUACUUCUAUUAUCAAAUUUGCUUCAUUUUAAUGAUAUUCUGUGUUGAAGAGCUACCUAGGUAGGCAUCUGGAGCACUACAAGACAGGAAAUAUUGCCGUCAUUUCAUGCUCUUGCAAAUGGAUAACAUUCUUGCAAAACUGCUGCCAUAUAGUGCUCCAGAGAUGGGUCGGCUCCUAAGCAUACAUCCCUGCUUUUCAACAAAAGAUACCAAGAGAACAAAGAAAAAUGGAUAAAUAGAAGUAAAUUAGAAAGGUGUUGAAAAGUGCAUGCUCUAUCUGAAUCAUAAAAAAAACCAUUUUGGGUUUCAUAUCACUAACAAAUAAUAAUGAGAAUAGGAAUAGAAAUAAAGCUAUAAAGUUGUUUUUUUAAUACAAAUGUAUGCUCGAUCUGAAUGAUAAAAGUUUAAUUUGAACUUUCAUGUCCCUUUUUGUGUUUUACUUGGCUGUCUAGAGGCAUUUUUGCCUAAAACCGUAUAUAUAUAUAUAUAUUUUUUUUUCCUGACUUAUUUAUUUAAAUCUAACCACUACAAUAUCCCAGAGCUAAAUACUGACUGGCUAUUAUGGAAAUUGUAUCAUUUCUUAAUAGAUGUUUUACCAAAUUGCUAUUGUAUUAUCAAGCAAACAAAAUAGUGACUAGUACUUGAAUGUCUAAUAUGUGGUACCACACUGGCCUCUGGAAACAGGAUUGUAUUAAACUAAGGCAUAAGGAAUAAAUUGUGCCGUAUACAUUGUAUGUAUAUAUCUGUUAACCCUAUAUGAAAUGAUGGUGUAAUAUUACAUUACAUAUUGCAAAUUCACGGCCUGUCUGCUGAAAACUGGAUUAAACAAACUAUCUAUGUGUU